AUGGCCCGGAAAAAGGACCCCCUCCAAGAACUCCCACCGGAGCCCGUCGUAGACGAACGCUCCCCCCUCCUAGCCAACGGCAGCGGCAACGACAACGACCAAGAAACCCUCCUCACCCACCAAGCCGAGCAAGAAAGAAGAGAAUAUGAAUCCGGCACCGUCCCGCUGGCCUCGGAACCGACCUUCCAAACCCUGCUGGCGACAAUGUCCAGCCUCUGGGUGACGACCUUCUUCGCCGCGCUGGACACCUCGGUGGUAGCGACCCUCUCCGGCCCCAUUUCGUCGUCCUUUGAAUCGGGCACUUCCUUUUCGUGGAUCGCGUCGGGCUAUCUGAUUGCCAAUGCCGCGUGUCAGCCGCUGUCGGGCAAGCUGACGGAUAUCUACGGGCGCCGGGCCGGGUUGGUGUUUGCGGUGACGUUCUUCGCCGCGGGGACUCUGACCUGUGGGCUGGCGCCGACUGCCGGGUGGAUGAUUGCGGGGAGGGUGAUUGCGGGUGCUGGGGGUGGGUGUAUCAAUACCGUGUCCGUCUUCAUUGCGAGUGAUUUGAUUCCUCUGCGGAGGAGAGGCGUCUGGCAGGGGAUUACGAACAUUGUAUUCGGGACGGGAAUGGCAUUGGGUGGAGUUUACGGAGGAUGUGAGUAUUUCCACACCGAUUCAUUGUCCGGGGGGAUUGCAGACACACGCCGUGCUGACAGUAGCAAUCAAGUGAUCAACGACAGAAUCGGAUGGCGAUACUGCUUUUACUUUCAAACACCCUUCAUCGUAGCGGCAGGAAUCAUAAGCAUCAUCCGGGUCAAGGUAUCCCGUCUCACCUUCUGUCUCUCCUUUGAUCAAUCACAUAAAAUAGCUGACAUCGUCCAGGUCCCACUCAAGAAAUCCGACACGGCAAAGAUUCGUCGCGUGGAUUUCCUCGGCGCAUUGACUCUCGUCGCCGCCCUCGUCCUCCUACUCCUCGGCCUUAACAGCGGCGGCAACAUCGUGCCAUGGAACCACCCGCUGGUCUACGUUCCAAUUCCCAUAAGUCUUGUUUUGUUCCUCGUCUUCAUAUACAUCGAAGAUCGCGUUGCACCAGAGCCGGUGAUUCCUGUGCGGCUGCUCGCACACCAAAGUGUCCUGGCCGCCUUGCUCACCAACUGGUUCAUGACGAUGAGCGUGUUCGGUCUCAUCUACUACGGACCCGUCUUUUUCCAGGUCGUCCGUGGCGUGUCUGCAACCGAAGCAGGUACACUCUUCAUUCCACAAGCCUUCGGAAUGGCGUCUGGCUCUCUCGUUUCGGGCUUGUUCAUGCGCUGGACGGGCAAAUAUUACUGGUGGCACGUCGCUCUUCAGGGUUUAUCUGUCACGGCUUCCGCCCUGAUUCUCGGUUUCUUCCGUCAAGGAGUGCCUCUUGCAUUGCCAUUCCUCUUCCUACUGCUGGGAGGCUUUGCUUACGGCUCCAUGCUGACUGUAACGCUUCUUGCCCUGAUCUCCGCAGUCGACCACAAGUACCAAGCAGUCAUCACCUCUGCUUCAUACGCCUUCCGCUCCACAGGCUCGACUAUUGGCAUCACGAUCGCCAGUGCCGUGUUUCAGAAUCUGUUGAAGAAACUCCUCUACGAGCGCUUCGGCGACCUUCCCGACGCCGCAGACAGGAUCAGACGAAUUCGAGAUUCCGCAGACAUCAUCCGCGAUCUCCCUGCAUCGUGGAAAGCGGGCGUGAUCGAGGCCUAUGUUGGCGCUCUGCAAGGCGUGUGGGUCGUGGUACUGGGUUUCGCCAUCGCGACAGCGAUCGUGAGCGUCUUCAUCAAGCAGCAUAAACUGUACAGCAGCCUAGAUCGAAAAUAG